AUGUCUAUCAUUGUGUGGAAUAUUUUUCUGCUGCUGGUAGUUACAAUAGCACUCGCGACCAUCCAGGAUAGAAAACCAUUCCUACUGCGUCUCAUUGAAGAUGGGUUUGAUACGUUGGAACUUAAUGUGGUGUACCUCAUUGCUGAUAAAGACGCAGAUAGAGAGAUAUUCUGCGGCAGUUAUCCACGUGUCCUUAUUCCUGCUUUGGAGGAUCAAUCAAAGACCAUGAAGAGCAAGAACCCUUUUGUAAAAAUUGCUGCCCAAUCCUUGGUAGUAAUCGACGCACGCAAAGAACCGGUGGAAGGGAGACGUUGUUUGAUAUACUUACUAAAGGAGAUGCAUCGUAUCUACAAUCCCGGAAGUAACAAAUUUGUGCUGUUAGUUGAUCAAGCAUUCCACGAGAAGUCGGGUCCAUCUACCCUGCAGUACCUACAGGAUGGGCUAAUCAAUAUGGGUGUGGGCUACACGGUGAUACUAUCCUAUGAUCAGGUCAACUCCUCCAAAGAACCGGUGCAGAUGACACGGAUCAGUUUCGGACAUAAAAUCACCACCGGUGUGAUACGUCCCAUCAAGUUCCGAUACCUGUUCCGGUUGGAGAUACGUUCACUGGAUGGACUGCGCGUGUCCGGAGUGUUGUACAACUUUUUCCCCUUUACCUACAUCACACCGAGGGGACAUUGGACCGGUACAGAUUUCCAAAUCUGGAGCUUGAUGGCAAUGCAUUUGCGAUUGCGUCUAAAGUUCAUCCACGCCAAACCGGGUUCGAUCUAUAUUGGUGGAUCAUACUCACCAGCCAUGAGGAACAUGUCCGUUGAUUUUAUAGCUUCGCGGGAUGUGUUUGUAAUUGAUGGUGCCCAGAAGCUACUGCUCUCCUCGCGGGAUUACUUCAGCCUGAUUGUGCCGAAACCGUUGACGCUGAAUCUUAUGGAUGCGCUGUUGCAACCGUUUAGACAGGAAGUUUGGCUAGCGCUGGGAGUUCUGGUCGGGAUUCGUGUACUCAUCGCUCACCUUCCGGAUGUUGUGACGCUGCUGGACAAGCAUGGGAUAAUACACAAUCGUAUGAGUAACAUGCUCGCGAACGAUUAUCCAUGGUGCGGAUGGAUAAAACUUGCAUGGAAUGUUUUGACGUUCCUGCUUAUUGAGGCAUACCUGGCGCAAGUGACUUCGCUCCUGCUGACCUUGCGUUACAUCGAAGGUCCGAAGACGUUGGACCAAUUCCUAGCAUCAAAUAUUUUGAUCGUGGCACCAUCGGCACAGACUCACUCACUGGUGCAGAUAGAUUCGGUGCGAAAGGCUCUGGUGAUAGCACGCUUUGUCAAACGCACCCAGGAAGAACUGUCCCGACCCGAACUGGCCGACGCGUACGUCGAGCUCCGAAGUCGUGUACUGUUCCUAUCCUACGGGACGGAACCGAUCGAUCCGGUCACGGGCAAGCGGAACUAUUACAUUCUGAACGAUCCGCUGGCGGAUGUGCGGUUUCAGUACAGUUUCGCGAAACGAACCGCUUUCAUGAUGGUGGCCGAACGCUGCUUGCUGUGGUACGAGGAGAACGGAUUGCGGAUGCAAAUCGAACAUACGUUCGAACGAUGGGCAAAGAUCAUGCACAUCCGCAAGCAGCAUGGCAUCAAUGGGACCGUGUUAGGGUUUUCCGAUCUGAAUUCAUUGUGGAUUUGCACGGUGGUUGGUUGGUGCGUAAGUGUAUUGGUGUUUCUUAUCGAAUGUGUAUUGCACUCACGGGUUCGUAAUCGACGAGCCGGGAGGAAAUUUUUGAAUUAA